AUGGACACCCAACACCGCAAAAUCGAGCUCCAAUCCCCCUCAGAUCUCACCUUCCUCACCUCCCAAAUCCGCACCGCCGCCCGCCAAAAACUCGACCUGCACCUCCCUCCCGUCUCCGACUCCUCCGAACCCGACGAACUGCGCCGCCAAGUCGAAGACCUCGUCGACGCCUUUGUCGCCCAGGUGCUCGCGGGCAUGAAGGGCAACAUCAGCAUCAACGGCAUGGACGUCGAGGGCGCGAUUGACGGCGAAGGGACUGUCGAAGCGACUAUGGAAGGGGUUGAGAGGGAAGAGUUUGAGCCAUUUGAUGAGAAACUACGGGGCAAGGUGGGGAGCACGAUUGCGAGGCGGGAUGCGCUGGUGGGCAAGAUUAGUGCGCAUAGGAGGACGACGGGGGAGGCGGCGGCCAAGGCUUUUCAGCAGCAGUUUGAGCGGGAGAAUGAGGUUGUGGCGAAGCAGGUGGUGGAGGAGGGGGAUAUGGAUAUUGCGGGUGUGGAUGCAUUGGAGAGGGAGGAGGAGGUUAGGAGGAAUUGGGAGAGGGCGGUGGAGGGUUUGGGCAGGUUGAAUAAGGGGCUGCCGGAGACGAGGGCGCGGUUGGAGAGGGCGGGGGAUGUUGUUGGGUAUCUUGGGGGAGAGAAGAAGGGUUGA